CCUUAACUUAAUCUUCGCCUUUCACACCAGUACUACACAGUUAUGGGAUGCACAAAUAGAAGCAUGAGGCUCCUCGAUUUGACAACAGCCUUCAUUAUUGUCGGCUUGGCAGCCUUACUGUAUGUGCUAAGGUCAUUGCAUGCAUGGUGGCGGCUUGCUUUAUGCGCUUCUGCGGAAAAUGGGGUGUUGACAGCUGCGCAAAGGAGCAGCAGCGCUAGCGCAGUGGCAUCCUUUCACUGGCUUCGUAAGCAGGGCGUAGUUGUAAGUGUGUCGGCCCUUGCAGGCCAGCCCGACCUUUCGGUGGCAACAGCAACGCAACGACAGCGACGUCCAUUGCCUCCAUACCAGCCUUACAUUAAACGGUCAGCCAUAUUUGCUAAGAUUCCUGGAUGCCAUCCCGAAGACAUACCUCCCGGCUACGAACAACGACUAGCUCACUUAAUAGCAGUCACGAAGGGGAAUGCCGACAACAGCAGCUACGGUGAUAAUGUCAGUACCAAGCCUAUAGGCCAUCGAUGGUUAAGCAAUGUAUAUAUAAGGGACGGCUGCGUGGAGCUAUUGCUAGAGGAGGAGGAGUGGGGUAGCGGCAUUGGCAGCGAUGCGGAGUGGCAGGGCUCGCACCUCUUUCAAGUAGCUGGCGGGGAUGUAGGCGCCAUCCAUCAAGCUCCUGACUGCGCGCUUACCGUCACCGAGGAAGCAGGCGUUAGGAGCGAUGGAGAGGGCCUCGACGCUGCUUCGGAGGCCGGCAAUGCUGCUGCAGCUGCCACAUGCGGUAUGUAUGGAAGCGGCAGCGGCAGGUGGAGCGACGCCAGCAGCGGCCUGGCAUUCAGCUGUAGCAGCGGCAGCUGUAGCAGCAGCAGCGGGCUGGACCUGGCGACCAUCAUUCGCGCGCUGCAGCUGCCGGAGGAGCAGCGGGAGGGGGACGCCUCGCGCCACCCCUGGGACUCCUGCACUGACGUGGGGGUUGCCGAGGGGGAGGGCGAGUCGGGCGCUGGGCGAGCCGGGCGGCUGCUGCACUCCUCCUCAGUAACUGCGCACGCGGAGGAAGCGGCGGCGGGCAGCGUCAAGGCAGGCGAAGGGGCCCCGGGCACCUCCACACCCGACCGCCACGACCUCCCCCAGGCCGCCGCCGGGCCCUCUCCUUGCCCGCCAGCCUUGGAGGUCCUCGCGCUGCACCCGCGUGUCGUGCUGCUGCCGCCGCCCCCGCCGCCCGCCGCCGGCUCGUUGGAGCGGCGGCAACAGCAGCGGCUGCUUGCCGUGGUGUCGUGCCCCACCCUGCAGGCCGCCGCAGGGCCGCAGGCAAGCGGAGGCGGCAGCAGCAGCAGCCUGGAGGUGCUGCUGCGGUGCCAGGGGCGGUACCUGCCGCUGCAGUACAGCUGGGGACCGCAGCUGGUGGCGGGGGCGGCGGCGGCCGAGCCAGGCACGAGUGGCCGGGAGGCGGGGGCGGGGCUGGGUGAGGAGGCGGAGGCGGGGGAGGUGCCGCCCGGUUGGUCGGUCAAGCCGCUGCCGGACGUGCGGACGGUGCGGUCGGACGUGAACCUGCCCCAGCUGCUGCGGGUGGAGCCGAGGGAGCUGCCGAGCAGGCCGGGCAUCGCACUGGUUGACUUUCGCUGGUGCGGUCGUCCCUGCCGCGCCGUGCCGCUGGUGUUUGUUCGCGAGGCGGGUGUGGUUUCGGAGCUGGGCGGUGCGGUGCCCUGCUGGCCCCGCUCCCCCGCGGAGCUGGACGAGCUGCUGCUGGACCUGGGAACAUGGGAGUUCCACGCGGCGGAGGCAGGGGAGCGGCAGAGCGAGGCGGCAGGUGUCCCGGCGGCUAGCGGCGGCGGCGGGGGGUCGGCGGCGCUGGACGCUGUGUCGGCUGCCCGGCUGGCGGCCCUGGGCGCCCACCUGCUGCGCUACGUGACGGCGUGCGGCUGGGAGCGCACGGCGGCGCACAUCGCGAGGCAGCUGGCGGGAGUCAGCGAGGCGGCGGCGGCGGGGGCAGCGGCCGUUGGCGCCAGCAGUGAUGGCGGAUGCGGGGUGGCGGAGGGAGCCGUCGGAGCCGCGGCGAAUGCGGGGCCGCAGCCGGGUUGUGCGCCCCGCAGCGGAUCUCCCGGCGGGGACCGAACUGGCGUCCUUCGCCGCCGCGGGCAGAAGACUGGUAGCAGCACCGACACCGGCACCGGCGGCGAGGCCUCGGCCCUCCCAGGCGACCGCUCCGGCGCGCCAGCGCAGAGCCACCGCCGGCUGCGUCGCGCUGCCUCCCUGCGGCUGGCGUGGCGGCUGCUGCUGCUGGCGCUGGGGCUCAGGCGCGACCCGCCGGAGGAGGCGGAGGCGUUCCGGGCCUUUGAGGGGCCGUGGAUCUUUGCGCACGGACAGUUCCUGAUCUACAUGGAGUUCAUGUGCCUGCUGGCGCUGCUCUUCCGGGCUCGCCACGACAUCCUGGCGCCCAGCAACCUCACCUCGCUCGCCUCCUGCAUCGGCGGGUCCGGCACGUUGCUGGCGUGGCCCUUCCUGCCGUACCCCGCGUGGGUGCGCCUGGUCAACGGCUACCGCUACCCCCGCUUCCUCUGCUACGCGGUCACGAAGGGCCUCAUCGCCUUCUGCGGCUUUCCGCCGCCACCCGGCAUUGUGCCGUACCUGACCGGGCCGGGGCUGCUGGUGAUGGAGGGGGUCAUUGUGCCCGGAGCCUCCAUGCUGACGCCCGCUGCCGCGGCGCUCC